AUGGAGCGCGCCGUCGAGCGACUCGCCGAACUGCAGGCCAAACUCGCCACACUCCAAGAAGCCGUGGGGCAACUGAAGCAGCACAUCACCCGGCUGGCCGAGUUCGACUACUUGCAGUCGGGCGACCUGGACGACACGGCGACCAAUGAGCUGAGCACCGAGAUCAUUCAGUUGAUUCAGGAGCAAGAGGACGACCUCGGUCUGCUGCAGGAAGAGAUACUGGGCCUGCGCCCCCUCAAGGCGCUCAAGCAUGACAAGGAACGGCUCGAGGAUGCUGCCGAGCGCCUCGGGGAGGAACUGAAGAGCUGUCGGCCUCUCCUCCGAAAAGCACAACUACAAGCACAAGACAAUCUAAAGCAGGCGCAGAAGCGCGAGAGGGAACUGCUCUGGGCCUCAUUCUCACAACCGCGGUCGUCCAAGACAUCGGGAAGGUCAUCGCCAGCUGACGGCCUUGCGGCGGCAGCAACUAGUAACCACCACCACCACCACCGACCACGAGCACGAGCCAAGACGGCGCGGUCGGAAAUGAGCAAGGACGACCAGACAGUGGCCUCGAGCAGCGACGUGACAGCGGCGCUGCGGCGGACCCACGACAUGAUGGCCGGCGAGCUGGCGCGCAGCGACUUUGCCCGGCGCACCCUGCAGGAGAGCACGGCGGCGCUCGCGCAGCUGGGCGAGUCGUACUCGUCGCUCGACGUCAUGCUGGCCAGCAGCCGCGACCUGCUGGGCACGCUGCUCACGUCGCAAAAGAGCGACACGUGGUACCUGCAGACGUCGUUUUACAUGCUGGCCGCGACCAAUUGCUGGCUCGUCUUUCGCCGCCUCCUGUACGGUCCCCUGUGGUGGCUCGUCUGGCUCCCGCUCCGGCUGCUGUUCCGCGGCACCGUGGCCGUGACCAGUCUUGCCGGCCGGGGCGGUGGCCAGGAAGACAUUAUCGCUGCCGUGCCCUUGGAAGGGAAACCCGUCGAGGCGUCCAUGAAUAACGAGGGCAUUCACACAGUGCAAGUGGGACAACCGCAGGCUGCGGCGCCCGAAGUGGAAAUGGUUACAGACCCGGGCAACGAUGAGUCCAUGGUCGACGAGAUUGGACGCAUGAUUGAUGAAGCAAGAGAAGGAAAAGCAGGAGUCGUCAUGGAUGAAGAACUUGUACAUGAAGCUGUCGACGCUCAAGAAUUUGCCCAAGAAGCAGAGCCAGUCCAACAAGAGGCCGAGAGGGUCAGAGUAGAACUGUAA